AUGACCCCUUUGCCCUUAAAAACUACCUUCCUGUUUGGCAACAAAGUGUCCAGUAUGAGUCACGUGUACAAGGCUCAAAGCGCUCACUUUCAUUGCGCUUGUCCGAAGUUAGCCGGCCAUGGUCGCUUGGUGGAACCGCCGUCUAGGUCAAGUAUGUGGCGCUAUGGUUACGACACGCCCAUUAACUACAGUGACAACGAGCUCUCGUGUGGAGGAUACUGGGCUCUGUGGCGAAAACACCGAGGGAAGUGCGGCGUGUGUGGCGACGAAUGGGACGCUCCGCGCGAAAAUGAGGCCGGUGGAAAGUAUGCCUCUGGCAUUAUCACUCGCCAUUACAAUCCAGGGGAAAUAAUUCUGGUCAAGGUAGAAAUCACAGCCUUUCACUCUGGCUGGAUGGAGUUCCGGCUGUGUGAAAAUAACGAUGUUAACGAGCGAGCCACCGAGGAGUGUUUUCAGAAGCACUUACUGCGUUUUACCGAGGGGCAUACGACGAGGUAUCAUUUCAAACCUCACGAAGGCAAAGGGAUGUAUACCUUCCGGUUACAGUUACCUCACGAGGUUUCAUGCAGCCAGUGUAUCCUAAGAUGGCGGUACCACACGGGAAACAGUUGGGGAAUCAGCAACACUGGCAUCGGGUGUAUGGGAUGCGGUGAGCAGGAGGAAUUCUUCGGCUGUUCGGACAUUUCUGUCUCUUAUGGCAUUCCCACGCCUACGUACGAAAAUAAGUAUGACGUCAUUAACAUUAUUCACCAGGGGCAGCUAACUCCUUCAAAGACUCACGAGAAUUGGUACUCCGUUGAGGAAGAAGAGGACUACCAGUAUUCGACGUAUCCACCGACAACUUUUCCUCCGUCGACAUCGAAGACCUACGAAACGACGGAGGUGAAAUCGACGUGUCACGCUGUGGGACUGUGGCUUGGCUCUGAGUCGUUUGAUUGGCUGAUGGAUUUCAAGAAGUUUGUCGCUGACAGACGUAUUCUCGUCACGGUUUUUUCGGUUGCAGAAAACAACCUCAGAAACGGCAGGUGUUGA